AUAUGUAGAUAACUCUGACUAAACGGCUUAUUCAUUCAGACCUAUAUGAGCAUAGCUAGUUAGCCAUGUCAAGGUUUCCUUGUUGUGAUUUAGCUUCAAGGUUAACAUGGCUUAACGUUAGUUCAACACUAGCCUCACUGGUAACCAUGCAUACAAGACAUAAUGUGGGAGACUAACCAUUACGUAAUCUCCUUAUACAUGCGUGACAACUUUCCACUGGUUUUCCUAGCGUGUACGACUGUUGUCAUGUUUCUGAGACGGAGUUAAACGUGGAUGUAAGGUUACAUAUAAAACAGAGAACAACUGAUGCGACUGCUGUGGAGAUGUUGAAUGGCUAAACUGCGCAAGCCAUGUCCCUAAGCUCCCUGCUGCGCUGUACUUCAAUAAGAUUUGAGAGCAAGCUCAUUGCCACACACUUUGUGCUGCAGAGAGCCUUGUCUGGAGCUGAUGCAAUCAACGCCCUAAGACCAUUUUACUUUGCAGUCCAUCCCGACUUCUUUGGCCAGUACCCCAGGGAGCGGGAAGUAAAUGAAAAUUCGUUGAAGAGGUUGAAUGGCUAUUUGGAGAACCUUCAGAAGCCUGGGAGAAAAUCAUCCCCGCCAACAAAGCUCACCUUCUACGUUAGGGGAACACAAGAUAACGGUGACAAUCAGCAAGACAUUCUCCCCCCUGGAUUCCGCACAGUGAGCUUCACCCUGCAAACCAAGGAUGUGUUGAGCACAGUGACUGACAUCCUCAAGUCAUGCAGUCUGCCCGUGGAGCACAUGAAGGGGAUCAAAGCCAGCACGGAGAAGCCAAAGGGACCACCAAAGGCUGGGACACCGUUCGACAGACCGAUCAAGUGGGACAAGACCUACUACACAUUCACUGGCUACAGGGACCCUGAGCAGGAGCUGGAGCAGGCCAAGCGAGUGGAGCCUACACUCAGCUUGUGGUUGAGUAAAAAUGAGCCAAAAGCAACCAAGAAGCACAUUGCAAGUCUACCUCGAAGGAAUGAGCUCAACAGGCUGAAGACAGAACUGUGCCACAAGUUUUCCCUGGCUGACAUUCGGUGGCAGCGCAGCUGGGGAAUCACCCACAGAUGCUGUCAGCUCCAGAGUCUCAGUCGUCUGUCUCUGCAGAACCCUGAAGCCUUGCACUGCCUGCAGGGACAUACCAUUGUAUUCACUGACCAAUCGGGAAUGAACGCUUCAGGACACGUCAUGCUGGGAUCGAUGGACGUCCACCAGCAGUGGAUCAAACUCAUGGAGAGGGUGGUCAGCUACCGCAGCCUGCAGCAGCACUCCGAGGAGCUGAAGGAGAGGAUCAGCCUGCUGCUGGGGGGCUCCCAGAUCAUCCACGUGGAGAGGCUGGGGCCAGUGCAGCCCAUCCACACGCACUACCAGGCCCUCAGCACCUUCCACAAGAGCCUCGUGUCCCACCGCCUCCGCCUGCACCCCCGCAGCCUCCAGGGCCUCAGCAUGACGCUGGAGAAUGACCGGUGCACACCUAGUCUCCAUGAGAUGGGCCACUUCAUCCUCCCCACAAACUGUGACCCUCCAAAGCUGCAGGUCUUCCUGCAGAGACACGCGCCGGAGGCACGAGAGCGCAUCCAACGCAAGAUGCAGCUACAAAGGGAGGAGGACGCGGCUGUUCGAGAGUGUCUCCAGGGCCUGUCCCUGGGGGGCCUCUCCAAGGACCCCAGCGUGAGCUCCAGCCAGAUGCUCACCUGCUGCCGACGGCUUCUGGAGCAGCGGCUGCCCCUGACGCAGGGGCUGGUGGUCUGCGUCUCGCACUUCUACUCUGUCAUGCAGGACGGAGACCUGUGCAUCCCCUGGGAUUGGAAGGGUUGACACGAGGCAGACAGAAGGAAGACACACACACACACCUAAAGACCUGCAGACACACCCUCCGUGUCUUUGUAUUUUCUUGUUUAUUUUCCACACUGGAAAAAUGUGAUGAAUUGUACUAUUCAAACAUAUUUAUAGAUAGUGAUUCCAAUACUGUUUGGUCUAAAGGAGUUCAAACUGGGGAUUAGUAUAUGAUGGGCUUGUCCGAGGAGUGGUGCUCCAAGACUUCCUUGUAAAAGUUUCGAAAGUAUUUUUAUUAUUGAGCUUAGUCAGCUAUGUAUGCUGCCAGCAAAAUUCAAUAUUAUAAAUACCCAUGGAACAUUGAAAAGAUUUAAAUAUGAUCAAAGAAAGGCAUUGAUAUAUUUUCAUGUAAUGUCAGGAAAUUGUUGAACCGCAACAUAAUUACUCUAAUAAAUAAUCUUGUUAGAAAUCGUGUGUGCUAAAAUCACAGCAUACCAAAAAGGUAAAAUGCAAGUUUAGUUAUCAGUAUUUGAAAUGACUCAAGGGAGCACAUUCAUUUUGGAAAGCAGUUACACAAUUUAAUAUUUCUAACACUAAGCAUUCUUAAUAAACUUAAUGUGCGGUUCUACAAUUACUUUUGAAUUGGGGGUGUUGCUAGAAUUAUUUCAUCUUACUUGUACCGGAUACUGGAAAAGGUAGUUUGCUUUUGGAAAUGAAAACAGAAAUACCCUUAAUGAUAGACAAGCUGUCUUGUUACUUUUGGCUUGGAAAAUCUGCUCCUCAAGCCAUAGCCAGUCCAUUUUGUUUAUUCUGAGCACUAAAAUGAUUUUAUACACGUUUUAAUGAGCAAAAAAAAAAAAACUCCAAACAGAAAAAAUCAAACAUUAUGUAGAAGGGUGUUUCAGUUAAACUU